AUCUAAAUUGUUGAGUAAACUUGCUCCGGUGGCAUUAUGACAUUUGCGCAUAUGGGCACUUGGGUACAUUUGCAAGAAUAUUAACAAAAGGUUUAAGAUGCCGAAAAAGAAAACUGGCCAACGAAAGAAAGCUGAAAAGCAGAAACUGCGUCUAAAGGAGAUCAGGAGUCGUGAAAUACCACUUGCAGAUAUGCCUUGUAAUGCGCCAAUGGAAUGUGAAAAAUGUGAGAAGAAGCAGAAGAGUAGAGCGUUUUGCUACUUCUGCCAAAGUGUUCAGCGCUUGCCAAUAUGCGCUCAUUGCGGGAAGGUAAAGUGUAUGUUAAAAACAGGUGAUUGUGUCGUAAAACAUCCUGGUGUAUUCACAACUGGCCUUGGUAUGGUUGGCGCAAUUUGUGAUUUCUGUGAAGCUUGGGUUUGUCACGGACGAAAGUGCCUUCAGUCACAUGCUUGCACUUGCCCACUGCAGAAUGCUAUUUGUCUCGAGUGCGAACGCGGAGUGUGGGAACAUGGUGGUCGUAUUUUCAAAUGUUCAUUUUGCGAUGGAUUCUUAUGCGAAGAUGAUCAAUUUGAGCAUCAAGCAUCAUGUCAGGUACUUGAAUCGGAGAACUUUAAAUGUCAGAGUUGCAAUCGUCUGGGCCAAUAUUCAUGUUUGCGCUGCAAAACAUGUUAUUGUGAGGAUCAUGUUCGUAGGAAAGGAUUUAAAUAUGAAAAAAAUAAAGCCAUUCCAUGUCCAAAAUGUAACUAUGAAACCUCGGUGACAAAGGAUUUGAGUAUGUCCACAAGAUCUCAUAAGUUUGGUCGGCAACAACAGGGUGGACCAGUAGAUAGCGAUGACGAAUAUGGCGGAUAUUCCUAUUAUGGGGCGGGAGCCUAUGGUGUUGAUGCUGGUACAAGUUAUACUCAAGAUGAUGAGAGCGACGACGAUGAUGAUUAUGACGUUAGCGAGGAGGACAGUGAGGAAGAUGAUUCGGAAAGCGACAAGUCACAAGAAACGGAGAAAACCAAAUCAACUUAAAUAAAAAAAUAAAAACCUUUUUUAUUGAACAUUUUGUGACAUCUAUCAUUUCAACAAAAAUUUCAGAUGUAGUCGAAUUUCCUAUAAGUUUAUGAAUUUUCCGAUUCUUUAAAUCUGUAAAAUAAAGGAAUACAUAUUCAAAAACAGUGCAUUUACAAA